AAAAAGAACGCUUCGCCCCUCGCACUCGUUAGGGUAGAGAUCUCCUCCUGUCACCAAACGAACGAGCACUUCGUCUAACUCCCUAUGUCGCCAUAAUUAAACUAAAUCUUACAUCUACAUCUACAUCUGCAUCUGCAUCUGCAUUGAACCUGUCACUCCUCUUCGAUUGUCGACCUCUCCCUCUCCCUCUCCCUCUCCACUUCCACCAUAGUUGCCGCGUCCUGGUGUCAGUUGCAACACCUCUCUCGUUCUCUAUAAUAUAUCUGUUUCUCGCUUGCCAACCUUCACGCUUUUUUUCCUCACCACAACACAAUUCUCCUCGAUCUACAUCAAGUCACGGCCCUUGUGUUUCAACUUCAAGAGGACGUAAACUAAGAUCGAAGCUAUCCAUCCCCUCAACGACUUUCUCCAAACUUGUACCUGUACUAUGAUUUGUCCGCAGCUCUGAAUAAACGAUAUUUCCACGACCUUUCAACCAGCCGAUUUCCUAAAGUCGUUCCUCCCAUAGGGAGCUUCCCGCAACACGCCUUUCCCGACCUCGUAUCGUCAUUAUUGGUGACAACACGGCUACCCAUCUCCGUCUAUAAAAAGCACCUUCAUCAAUAUGUCGAUCUUCUCGAAGAUCAAGCAGAGCAGGCAAGCCGCCAAAGAGCAUAAGGCAAAGACUGCCGAAAAGGGAAAAGAAAAUGAACCCGUCAAGGUUACCUACAAGCACAUUCCAAAGCAUGCUGCGGUAGACGCGCUGAGUGGUGCUCCCUCGAGCUGGAAGCACGAAGAUCGAUCUAAGAUCAAGCAACAACAUCAAAGAAGAAGCCAGAUGGCUUUGAGUCGACCAACGAGCACGCUCUCUACAGUCUCAUAUGUCAACUCUGCCGCUGGUCCAAGUUCAAGUUCCGCACCUGCACUGCCUCGGAAUAGUAGUUACAGCAGCUACAAUCCAACAUGGUUUGACCGAGGAGGAGACGUCUACUACUCCCACUCCCAAGAGUCUGCACAACGACGACCAAAAAAGGCCCGAGGACAUUCGUACAAUGAUUCUGGUCUGGGUGCCAGCAUUGGACCCUCGCCUUUGGCUUCAAAUAUGCAUAGCGAAGGUAUUUUGAUUUUCUCUUCCACCCUCCCCAGGACAUUCCCGUCACUCAAUUGUAACGUUGAGCCACAUUAUCACUAACCCAUAGCAGAUGUCUCGCCAGCAGAAAGCUCUGGUAACAGUACAACAUCCAAUUCCUCCGACAACCUGGAAAUUAAGCACACAACAAAGAUGCCUACCCCUGAAAGACCCAAUUCUGGUUCUAAUCGCGUCUCGAUCCGACCACAGGCCAUGGUAUACGCCGAGAAAGACAUUUUUGAUCGCCUACAUACGAGUACCACGAGGAAACUCGGGGAAGCACCCAUUUCCGCCGCGGGAGAGAUCAAAACACCAGUCGUGUCUUCGGUUACAGCCGGACAGGAACCCAAGCAAAAGAAGCAGCGAUGGAGUCUGAUGGGUAAAAGAAACAGUGCUAUUGCCUCCUAAUUCUUUCUGUACGAAGUCACGAGAAGUGCAUUCCCGACGAACAGAAGAUUGAGAUAAACGAGUGUUCAUUUAGCGACAAGAUGGAGCCAAUAGGGAAUUAAUACUGAGGACCCUUCUUUUCUUUCACGACUUAAUCACACCCUGCAUAUCUGGGGAACUGUCAUCACCGCAUAGAUGCAGGGUGGUAUUGCACGUGCAUUAUAUUGAAUCUCAGCAUAUGCAUGCCAACCGCACGAUCUUUCACCUGGUAACAUCCAAGGCUACUUUUCAUUUGUCAUCUCAUUCUGCGUCAACCACCCUUCAUCUGCGGAUGGUCAUUUUAAGCGAAUUUUUCUGUACGUUUCCAGGAGGGAGGGUUGCCAUGCUACGACAACGAGGGAGAUACUUGUCGAACCUCGGCGACGGGUGUGCCGUUACAAUCUGUACAGAACCAUUAUCGUGGAAGGAAAGUGGGAUCAACACUCACAUGGAUUGGCGGCUAUUGAGUGGUAGUGCAAGAACUUUGAUGACGUCUAGCGUUUAUGGUUUUGAAAGCUUUCAUCUGGGAGUCUGUUUUAUAGAAGGGCGAUCACAAAUUGACUUGCGAGGUUUACAUUUUGGGGGGAUGAAAGGAACUUCGCCUACGAAGAGAGUCGGACUUAAAAUGCUGGG